UCAGCGCGGACGGUGCGCAGACGCAUCAGGUGCGCACCAGGAGAUACUCCAAGACGCGCAGCAGCGAGACAAUGCAUGCUUUACAGCGAAUAAAAUACUGUUGUUUAGAGGUGUUACUAAUGUGAGGCGUAAGAAAAAGGGAUAUAGCGAAAUCUUGAGUAAGAUGCAAGAAAGACAAGUGUGUUGAGGAGCGCGCAUGGAGACGCACCGGACAACAAACCUUUUCCCCUAAAACCUCUGCACAGACCUAAUUGAGAUCAUUUUCAAGUUAAUAUAUAGGAGAAAGAAUACAUCAUGAACGACUCGGAGUCUGUGUGGCUCUUGGAAGAGCAGUGGAACCGCAGCAGAGCGGAGGAAGAAGGGGAGAAACUUUUCGGCAUCGGCGCGGAUAAUUUCAUAACGCUGCUGGUGUUUGGACUCAUCUUUAUGCUCGGUGUGCUGGGCAACUCCAUGGUGAUCACCGUGCUGGCCCGGAGCAAACCGGGGAAGCCACGGAGCACCACCAACAUCUUCAUCCUCAACCUGAGCAUCGCAGACCUGUCUUACCUGCUCUUCUGCAUCCCUUUCCAGUCCGUCGUCUACAUGAUGCAGUCCUGGGUCCUGGGCGCAUUCAUUUGCAAAUUCAGCCACUAUGUUUUCACCGUGUCAAUGCUGGUGAGCAUCUUCACCCUGUCUGCCAUGUCCGUGGACCGAUACAUUGCCAUUGUGCACUCCAGGAAGUCCUCCUCUAUCCGUGUGGCGAGGCACGCGCUGAUCGGGGUGAUGGUGAUUUGGAUACUCUCCCUGGUCAUGGCUGCGCCCGUCAUGUACUACCAGAACAUUUUCCGCAUGGGGGAUAAUCAAACCUACUGCUGGGAAGGGUGGCCAAAUCAAACUCUGAAGAAAGUCUAUGUGGUGUGCACGUUUAUUUUUGGUUAUGUGUUGCCUCUGCUGCUGAUUUCCUUCUGUUAUGCAAAGGUUUUAAAUCACUUGCACAAAAAACUGAGAAAUAUGUCCAAAAAGUCAGAGGCAUCAAAGAAAAAGACUGCUCAGACGGUCCUGGUGGUGGUGGUGGUGUUCUGCAUCUCUUGGCUCCCUCACCACAUCGUCCACCUGUGGGCGGAGUUUGGGGAAUUCCCACUGAACCAGGCCUCCUUCGUGUUUCGGGUGGCCGCCCACUGCCUGGCGUACAGCAACUCCUCUGUGAACCCGGUCAUCUAUGCUUUCCUGUCGGAGAACUUCAGGAAGGCCUACAAGCAGGUGUUCAAAUGCCAGAUCGGCGACUCCCCGCUCAACGACCUCAAAGAGAUUCGCAGCAAGGCGGACACCCCACCCUCGACUAACUGCACCAACGUCUGACAUAGGAGGUGGGGAUGGUGGCUCAAAUUGAAUACCUACCAUCCCACUGAAACUCAAUGUAAAGUCAUAAUGAAAGAGCCAUAGGACAUGAGUUGGUGUGUGGACCUUUUGCUCUAGGUAAGUGUGGUUGCUUGGAUAUUGCUGCAGCUAUAUUGUUCCACAUAAGCGCUGUUCAUUAUUGGACCAGAGGAGAUAAAGCCACUGUAGCUGCAGGGCAUGAUUACUCUUUGAUUACGUCUUUGAUCAGUGUCUGUGUCUCUCUUUCAUAAUAAACGGUGGAGUCCUUCACCCACCAAAUAACCCUCUAUCUAAAUAAAAAUGACUUUGAUUGGAGACAGAAUUUACUAAAGGUCAAAAUACUAUAGGCCUACCUAUGAGGUUGUUUUACUUUCGGACUUCAAACAUAUUGAAAAUGUAAAUUGGCAGUCUUCUUUCAAGAUUAUUAUUGCAUUGUAUAUAUAUAUAUAUAUCAACUCCAAUGUCACAGCAUCAUCAUCUGCUGAAGUAAAAACUGUUGUUGGUCUUUUCUGUGUGAAGAACAGUGUUUUGGGCAUUACUCAGUGAGCUUUUACAUAAUUGUGUUCUUUGAGGUAUGAGUAAGAGAUCACAAUUGUGUUUGAACAGGACCAGUUAUGACCAGUGGCGUCGCCUGGCUUUAGCGUGAACCUCAUCAUGACACAAGAGAGGACGGCAGGAAUGUAAUUUCCCGUGUUCAGUGAAUGCAACAGAGGCAUGACACCAGACCAAUCAGAGAGUUGCAUGGAAAUAAACGUGUGCUUGU